CGCGCAUCUUCGGUCUUCGUCGGCCGUGCGCCGAGUGCUCGCUUUCUCUUUCACUCACGUGCAGCGCGGUUCCCACUCCCAUUGGACCGCCGGGCGACCACCACUCGGCGCUCACUUCAGUCUGCUUCAGUCUACGCCGAGUCGUCACGCGCGUUGGUUCAGAUUUCUUUUUGGUUUUGAAUCGUCGUGCCGCGUCGCGUAUCGUUCGCCUGUCGUUUGCCUGUUUCUUCGCCAAACAAAACGCUCGCGAAAACGUUUUUAAUUAAAGACGUGUCCAAUUUUGAAGCGAAAACUGUCGCAGGCGGCAGCAUGGUGGAUCCGCGGAGUGAUGAUCCGACAUCGCGUCCCGUGUGAAGUGCAUCGCUCUUUAUCCAGCUGGAUCAACAGCGAUCAAGUGAGACGGUUAGUGACGAGUGUCGCGCACUCGACCGCUCCUCUCUCAUUGUAUUAUUGUUGAUUAUUACUGUUCUACUCUGUUUCGUUCUGCUCUGUUCUGCUCUGCCGCGUACUUUGCUGCGCGCACUAUUCAUCCUGUGACACGGAUACUUAGGAUCGUCAGGCAUUAGAUAGGACGGGACGGACCGUCGACCAGUCGUCGGACCGCGCAACAUGGACUUCAUAAUAUUAAAGUUCAAAUGGUCAUUGGAACAACUUCAACAUAUUCAUAAUGAAUUAAAAGACGAGAGAGAAAUCGAUAUCAUGAAGAAAUAUGGAAAUAAUGCAAAACGUGCUACGGCUAUAUUUAUAUUGGUUAACAUAAGUAUGAUACUCAUUAUUGUUCUCCUGCCAUUUGUAAUAUAUGCUCUUAAUGAUAUUUUGUUCAUAAAUGAGCAUGACAUGAAGUCCGCAAUGCAAACGAUGAUACCUAAACAUUUUGUCGGUCGAGAGCAUUAUUUCCAUCUGAUUUAUAUAUAUAUGAGCAUAGCUCUUUCUAUAGGAGGGACAGUGAUAGUGGCAAUAGGAAUGCUGUUUAUAGCAUGUAUCGUACAUGCUUGCGGAAUGUUUAAAAUUGUCAGAUAUCGCAUUGAGCAGGCAAUAACAGUAAAUGGACUGAAUAAUAACUUAAAAGAUGAGAUUCCAAUGUAUAAAAAGAUAAUUCAUGCCGUAGAUAUUCAUCGCAAAGCUAUUAAGUUCACUGAGUUAUUCUUUUCCGGCUUUGAUCAAUCACGCUUGACUUUAAUAAUGUUUGCUGUAAUUUGUUUGAGCCUCAAUCUUUAUGGAAUUUCGGAGAUUAUUUUGCUUGGUGGCGAUUUCCAACAAUUUAUAAUACAUUUUCUUCUUGUAAUCAUUAUUUUUCUAUAUUUUUUUUUAGAAAACUAUGUUGGACAGGAACUCAUAAAUCACAAUGACCGCAUAUUUUCCACUGCGUAUAAUGUUCGGUGGUACAUAGCACCAUUACAUGUACAGAAGUUAAUACUGUUUCUUUUGCAAAGAGGCACCAAAGCUGUCAGUCUGAAUCUUGGCGGAAUAUUUGUAUUCUCUCUAGAGUUUUUUGGCACGAUGAAAUGGUCAUUGGAACAACUUCAGCAUAUUUAUAAUGAGUUAAAAGACGAGAAAGAAAUUGAUAUCAUCAAGAGAUAUGGGAAUAAUGCAAAACAUUUUACAGCUAUAGUUAUAUUGUUUCACAUAAACAAUUUAAUCCUUGGUUUUUUCAUGCCAUUUGCAUUAUAUGCUUUUAAUGGUAUUCUGAAUAAGCAAGACAUAAAACGCGUAAUACAAACGAUAAUACCUAAACAUUUUGUCGGUCGAGAACAUUAUUUCUAUUUGAUUUAUCUACAUAUUGGCAUGGCGGUUACGGUAGGAGGAACAGCGACAGUGGCAACAGGAAUGAUGCUUAUAGCAUACAUCAUACAUGCCUGCGGAAUAUUUAGAAUUGCCAGUUAUCGCAUCGAGAAAGCAAUAGCAAUCAAUACGCUGAACAAUAUUAAUUUACAAAACGAGAUUACGAUGUAUAAACAAAUAAUUCAUGCGGUAGACAUUCAUCGUAAAGCUAUCAAAUUCACCGCAUUAUUCUUUUCUGGUUUUGACCAAUCACGCUUGGCUUUAAUAAUGUUUGCUGUUAUUUGUUUGAGCCUCAAUCUUUAUGGAAUUUCGGAGACUAUCUUGUUUGGAAACAACUUCCAGCAAUUUAUAAUACAUUUUCUACUUGUACUCAGUAUUUUUGUAUAUUGUUUUGCAACAAAUUAUGCUGGACAAGAACUCAUAAAUCACAAUGAUCGCAUAUUUUCCACUGCAUAUAAUGUUCGAUGGUACAUAGCACCGUUACAUAUACAGAAGUUAAUAUUAUUUCUUUUACAAAGGGGCACCAAAACUGUCAGCCUGAAUAUUGGCGGAAUGUUCGUGUUGUCUGUAGAGUUUUUUGGCAUGGUACAAAGUCAUUGUGUGUCUUAUGUUAUGUACAAGCUUUUAUAUAUAUAAAGUAUUCCAAGCAACAUUAACAAUAUUUAUUUAAAUUCUAACAAAGAUUGAUGAAGUAAAUAAUUUUAGAGCAGCAACUUAUAUCUGGAAACAUCGCAUUUUUUUCAUUACAAUGAAAUUAUAUUAUAAAAAUCUUUGAUUUAGAUUUCAGCACCAUUAUACUUGCAAUCAGUUUAUAAUAUAUAUGCUUGAAAUUUUGAUUCCGAACCAUAUCUUCGAAUCAAAACGCAAA